CCCGAACUAAAAACACUCUGAACCUGGCUUAUUGCCACUGCCAGAAACUAAACAUCCCGAUGAUGAUCGUGAACCUCCUAAGAUCAGCAAGAAGGCAACUUCACACAAUCAUCUCUCAUGAAACAAUCAAACCCUCAUCUCCAACCCCUUCUCAUCUCCACACGUACAAUCUCUCCGAACUCGAUCUACUCAACCCAAAAGCCUACAUCCCACUCCUCCUCUUCUACCCCAACAAUCCCAAUUGCACAUUAACCACUCACCAAAAAUCCACCGUACUGAAAAAAUCACUAUCCCAAAGCCUAACACAACACUAUCCUUUCGCCGGCCGGUUAUUCACACCCACAACACCAUCCUACAUCGAUUGUAACGACCAAGGAGUCGUGUUUGUUGAGGCCAGGAAUGACAGCCAACUGGAUACUUUCCAACAUAUGACAGGACAAGAUGAAACAUUGGGCCAACUUUUUGCUGAUGGUGUUGUUCACUACAUGCCUCCUAGCAUCACGAAUGUGGUUCGGGUUCAAGUUAAUCAUUUUUCUUGUGGUGGACUCGGGGUAGCAUUGUCAAUGUCGCAUCUAGUUGGGGAUGCUUGUAGUCUUGGCUCGUUUCUUAGCCAUUGGGCUUCCGUGGCCCGUUAUGGCUCGAGUGACCAUCGUCAAGUACUGCCUAUGAAGCCUCAUUUCAUUCACUACCCGCGUAGCGAAUCUAUUCGUGCUCCUGCUCCUAAUGGUGAUCGUGAUAUCAAUCAAAUACGUAUUUUCGGGGUGAGGAGAUUUGUUUUUCGUAACUCGAAAUUAAGUGAGCUAAAAAACAAGGUCGUGUUUGAGGCGGGUGGGUCUAUAAACAAUCCUACACGGGUUGAAGUAUUGACAUCUAUGCUUUACACUACCGCAGUGAAGGCAGCAGCCACAAAAUCGGGCACGUUUAAGCCGUCUUAUUUGUUUUUCAUGGUUAAUAUGCGUGAUAAAUUCGUCGAAAAGCUGCCGCAAACUACCAUAGGGAAUUUUGUGUCACUUAUGAUGGUGCCCACCAGGCAUACAAGUGACACUUCGAUAAGUUCGGUUGUUGCGGAGAUAAAGAAACAGAAGUUAGAGUUUGAAGGGAUCCAGAGUGUUCAACAGCUAGCUGAGAACACUAAAUCGUCGAAAGUGAGAAAUCAAGAUUUAGAGAACAUUGGCGAGGGGUCGUAUUAUUGUUCGAGCUUAUGCGGGUUUCCUUAUAGCAAACUGGACUUCGGAUGGGGAAAGCCGAUGGGUACAACUCUUGCGACUAAAUCAACAGGUAAAAAUGGUUUUGUGUUGAUGGAUAAAGCGGAUGGUGAUGGUAUUGAAGCGUUGGUGAUGUUGGAAGAAGAACAUAUGAAGAUAUUUGAGAAUGACAAGGAGAUGCUAUCAUAUUGCCAAAGUGAUUCUAUUUGAGUUUUAAACAUUAACUUUUGUUUAUGCUUGUAAUGAUAUAUAUUUGUUCUUCAAAAAGUGUGUUAGAUUAAAUCGCAACUA